CUCUUCAUGUGUUUAUACGUUAAGAUUCUAUGCCACAUCCAUUGCGCGAAAAUAACAGCAACGAAGACAGCGAGGAAGAAGGGGGACAAGAGCAUGGAGGACUUACCCGUUCUCAGCUAGAGGAAGCUGCUCGUCUUAGCUCACAAGUGGGAGCUACCGAUCCUUCUGCGCAGUUUGCGAGGCGCGCAAGCAUCAGGGAAGCAUACCAAGACAUCUGCAGUCAGUUUGAAGGGGACGCUGUGAAGGAAGUGAAAGAAAAUGCUGUAUUGAUAGAAAACCUUGAAAAAUCCUUUGCCGAUGUGGAUCGAUCUUACGAGAACGUGGGAGCUGGAGGCAAAGAACUUGCAGCUGAUGCUGGCACUUUGCUUUCUAUGGCAAAAGUUCUCAUGUCACAGAUGCGUACCUUUCAAAGCUCAAAUGCUGAAAAAACCGUGACCGCAGCGAGCUUCGCCGAUGCAUUGGUCCAUUUCUUGACUUCUAUCCCUCCAAGAACCUCAUCACCAGUAAUCGAUGCCGAAGAUAAUCCUUUGCUGAUUGAAGAUGAAGAAUCCGAAGAGGAGCCUAUACCGAGCACUUCUGGUACACAAAGGAGAUCGGCAGCACCACUGAAGAUAAGCUUGGAUCAGUGGGCAUGGCUAGGACGUCAGGAAUUUGGUACAUUGACCUAUGAUGUCUCAUUUGACUACCAGACCGUAAGAUCUAUCGUUUCGGACGAUUAUGCCGCGGCACAGUUGAAACCGAAGAAAGAGCGCAUCAAAAGGGGUAAAGACGAAAAAGAAGCGGCAGUUGUGCUUACCAACCGACAGACCCAGAAUGUUGAUGAUGAGCUCUCUGUAGCCAAGGAGCUUGAUAAAGUGCGGAAAUCAUUAAAAAGGGCAUGGAAGCAGACACCAAACGUUGAUUUCUAUUCCUUUGUCAUUGAUCCCAAUGACUUUGCUACCUCGGUUGAGAAUAUGUUUUACGUCUCAUUCUUGGUUAAAGAUGGCCGAGUACGUCUUGCACUUGGUGAAAACGGACUACCUGUGCUCUUGCACGUUUCCAGCGAAGAACGUGAAAGACUACACGUUGAUGAUCGGUCCGCAGCUGAGACCCAUCAGGCUAUAUUUUCAUUCAAUUAUGAUAUGUGGGAGGCUAUGGUAAAAACGAUGAAAGAGCAACAGGCAUCACGAGCUCAGAAUCUUUCGAAUACGUAAAUUACUUUGUAUUAAAAUUUGUUUUGAGCAGUCGUCUCCGGUGAUGCUGAACAACUUUUUUACUGUUUGAUCUGCACUUCGCUCUACCGUUGAUGUAUACACAUCACUCAUGCUGUACAUAAUCCUCGAAUUUACUUCACAUUUUUAAUUCACUAUCCACACAGCUACUUUGCAUUUUGAACCAUGUCAGGUACCUCCCCCAGGUAUGCAGAAUAUCUAUCACUUACUCCACUUCUUAGAAACCGAUACAGAUUUGGAAGAUAUUUGGCUGCACAUAAUUUUCUUAAUUUUGGUAAAUGACUAAUGAAGUUUUGAA